AUGAGUUCGUUGUAUUAUGCGAACGCGUUGUUUUCCAAAUACCAAGCCGCGAGUACGGUCUUUCCAACUGGGGUCUUUCCCGAGCAAAGUUCUUGCGCCUUUACGUCCACCUCGCAGCGAGCCAGCGGCUAUGGCUCUAGCUCUACAGGCGCAGCAUACUCCACCUCCACCUCCUCAUCCUCCGCCUCUUUGCCGAACUUGCACAGUAACGAAGGGACUUUGCCCACCCAAAACCAGGGCAUUUAUCCCGGUGCAUAUGGGUUGGCCCACGGCUCUUUGAACAAGCACUGUUUCCCCUUUGAUCACCCAGGUCUGCCCGUGAUGUGUACUGCCGACCCAUCAAAGCCGCUCGGCAGCGGCAAGGCAGACCAGCGAGGCUGCCAACAACAGAGCGAAGACAGUCUCCGGAUCUAUCCGUGGAUGAGGAGUACAGGUGGGGACAGGAAGCGAGGGCGCCAGACAUACACUCGCUACCAGACACUAGAGCUCGAGAAAGAGUUCCAUUUCAAUCGUUACCUUACUCGACGGCGGCGCAUCGAGAUCGCACACGCCCUCUGCCUCACCGAACGUCAGAUCAAAAUUUGGUUCCAGAACAGACGAAUGAAAUGGAAGAAAGAUAACAAGACGAUGGGUCCGUGCUCCCCCACUGCAGACAAAGCAGGAGGCGAUGAGGAAGAUGAAGACGACGAUGAGUAA